GUUGGGAGACACCAUUUCUCCCUCGUCUCUCUCGCUUCAUUCUCAAGCACUACCCCAUCAAAACCCACCAUUUCCAUGGCCGAAUCCAAGCUCCGAUCUUAUUCCCAAACUUCCUAAACACUCUCAUCACUUCCUUCAUUCACUACACAAACUUCUUCGAAGCUUCCAAUAUCUAGAGAGAGCGAGAGAGAGAGAGAGAGAUGGGCCAAGAGAGCUUCUCAGCUCAGAAGAGAACCGGAGGGAUUGCUCUCCCGACGACAACGACCAACGCUUCUUCAGCCCCCAACGGCAGACGAUUCGGCGCCGCCUUACCCCGCGGCCGCCAGAUCCAGAAGACCUUCAACAAUAUCAAGAUUACCAUCCUCUGCGGCUUCGUCACCAUCCUCGUCCUCCGCGGCACCAUCGGCGUCGGAAGCCUUGGCGGGGCCGACAACGACGCCGCCAACCGCGAGAUCAUCGAGGAGACCAACCGGAUCCUCGCCGAGAUCCGCUCCGACGGCGACCCCAACGAUCCCGACGACCUUGCCGAGUCCGAGAUCAACCCUAACGCGACAUACACGCUCGGGCCAAAGAUCGCGCAUUGGGAUCAGGAGAGGAGAAAUUGGCUCGAUUCGAAUCCGGAGUUUCCGAAUUUUGUUAAUGGUAAGCCUCGGAUCUUGCUCGUUACUGGUUCGCCUCCUAAGCCUUGUGAUAAUCCGAUUGGUGAUCAUUACUUGUUGAAAGCGAUUAAGAACAAGAUUGAUUAUUGUAGACUCCAUGGGAUUGAGAUUGUGUAUAACAUAGCUCAUUUGGAUAAGGAACUUGCUGGUUAUUGGGCGAAAUUGCCAUUGAUUAGGAGGUUAAUGUUGUCGCAUCCGGAGGUUGAGUGGAUUUGGUGGAUGGAUAGUGAUGCUUUGUUUACUGAUAUGGUGUUUGAGAUUCCGCUUAAGAAGUAUGAUAGUUAUAACUUGGUGGUUCAUGGGUACCCCGAUUUGAUGUUCGAGCAGAAAUCAUGGAUUGCGUUGAACACGGGUAGUUUCUUGUUUAGGAAUUGUCAGUGGUCUUUGGAUUUGCUUGAUGCUUGGGCUCCAAUGGGUCCCAAGGGUCCAAUUCGGGAGGAAGCGGGAAGGAUUUUAACUGCGAAUCUAAAGGGAAGGCCGGCGUUCGAGGCCGAUGAUCAGUCGGCUUUGAUAUACUUGUUGCUUUCGCAGAAGGACCAGUGGAUGGGUAAGGGCUUUUUGGAGAAUUCGUAUUAUUUGCACGGAUAUUGGGCUGGUUUGGUGGAUCGGUAUGAGGAGAUGAUAGAGAAGUAUCAUCCUGGACUGGGCGAUGAGAGGUGGCCAUUUGUGACUCAUUUUGUGGGCUGCAAGCCUUGUGGGAGCUAUGGAGAUUACCCGGUUGAGAGGUGUUUGAGCAGCAUGGAGAGGGCUUUUAAUUUCGCCGAUAACCAGGUGCUUCAGCUGUAUGGGUUUAGGCAUAGGGGCUUGUUGAGCCCCAAGAUCAAGAGGAUUAGGAAUGAGACUGUCAAUCCUCUGGAGUUUGUCGACAAGUUUGAUAUUCGACGGCAUCCAGUGCACGAGAGCAGGGAAUCACAGAGCUAGCGAGUAAUUUAUACGCCUUCAUUAUGUGAGAUAAUCUGUAGGUAAUGUUGUAAUUCAUCAGCUGAAGAGGAGAUUUAAGAUUUGAUAACAGUUCACUUCUUACGUCAGUUUUUAUUUGUCCUGUUGUCUUUUUUGCUACUGCUUCUGAGAACAAUAGGGUAGAAUUCUUUCAUAAAUUUAAUAUCAUCUUUGUAUUGUGAUCUGAAGUUAUCCAUAAAGGAUUGGAAAUUGUCAAAACGCAUUAUACUGUCCCAUUGAGUUCAUAUUUGUAUCAUGUUUUAAUGUGCUUAUGGAUCUAGUUUAACUUUUCAUCGCUUUUGGAAUCAUCUUUGAGUUCAAGCUGGUGUACAUUCUGUAUAAUUACGGAACUAUGUGCCCCUUCGUGCGUUAAUUUGAUGCUGUUUUCUGUCCCUAACCCCCCUCCCAACUUCUCUC